UCAAGACUACGACCGGCCUGGUGGUGUGAACUUUUCCUGAUCUCCAACAAAAAAAUCAUCAAAAAUGUCGAUGUUGAGGAAUAUCUUGAGGUUAUCUGCAACUGUAAAAGUAUGCAGAACACCAAAGAUAACACAGCCACUUAGAUGUUAUGCAGAGGAAGCCUCCAAAACAGCGGCAGCGACUCAAAUGUCCUUUUCAUUUGGCAUGCCAGGAAAGAUGUUUUACAGCGACUCCGAUGUUAAACAGAUUGAUAUUCCGUCAGGAACUGGGACCUUUGGUGUACUCCAGCAACACGUACCAGCAUUGGCCGUAUUGAAACCUGGUCUUCUUAGUGUCCUAGAGCACGAUGGCACCAUCAACAAAUUUUUCGUCAGUAGCGGUUCUGUCACAAUUAACGCAGAUUCAUCAGUGCAGGUCCUAGCAGAGAUGGCUGUCCCCUUAGACCAGUUGGAUUCAGCUGCGGUCAAGGAAGGAUUGUCCAAGGCCCAGCAGGAAUUAGCCGCAGCCAACACGGACCUAGCCAGAGCCGAAGCUCAAAUAGCGAUUGAGACACAUGAAGCCAUGGAUCAAGCUAUUUCUGCAAAGUAAUCUCCGAAUAGGAUUGUUUCCAUUAUGAUUUUUGGAUUUUCCAGAGUUUUAUCAGAGUACAGGUUUGAUUCGUGUCGGCUCACUACCUGCAGGUUGGAAUAGUUUAACUGGAGGGAUAAAAGCGUUUGUUGAGGGACUGACUGCCUAUGAAUGCAUUGGAUGUUUUACUUGACUGGUCACAGUAGCUCAUCAGGCAACAAACCAGAGCAGUCUCAGACUUACUUGAAACAUUUAUCCGUCUAACUUGUGAACUAAGAGAUAAAAAAACGAAGAAAUUACACACUUCAUUCUUCAAACUUAUCUUAGUUUUUGAUGUUAUAAACAAAUCCAUUUCCAGUAAAAAAAAACAUAACUGAAAGUUUAGACUGAAGUUUACUUCACUACAUGAUCCACAUUGACUUCUACAUUUGUAGGUAGUUUAGCCAGACCCUCCGUUCAAUGACACCAUUCUUACAUUUGAGAUUGUAUCCCUUAUAAAGGAGAUUUGUUCGAACUCUAGAAACUUAAUGAAAAUUAUCCUUUGUGUAAAAGUUUUAAACAUGAUUUUCAAAGUUUUGCUCCCAUUUGUUUAGACUUACGAUUGUCAAUGCAGCAGUUUUGGAAGACGACAAUUUCAAUUGCUCUUAAAUGUUUGGAGUUUUUAACGGCACUGGUGAUGUUUUUGGAAUUUCCAUUCUGUUUCUGUUUGAUUGUUAGAUCUUUUAUAAUACUUCAUAUUUGGGUGAAACAAUUAUAAUUGAACUGCUUGAAAUAAUAUUGACAAUUAUUAGGAUGGCGGCCCUCUUCACUAAUUUACAUUAGAUUGGUGAAGAAAUUUUGUUAUGAGUGAAAUAAAUUUGAUGACAAUAAUUUAA